UGGUGUCUUUAUCAAAGAUAAAAACAUACACACUUUAAUAGAGUUUCUGAGAGAACAAAGCUUAGAAUGUCUUGGUUCCUUGUAAUACUGUUUCUGAUAGUUACAUUUGGUAGUUUUUCUGAGGCUAGCCAUGACAAGAAACCUCUUCCUUCUGCUGUUGUUGUUGGCACUGUUUACUGUGACACAUGUUUCCAACAGGAUUUCUCCAUGGAUAGCCAUUUCAUUUCAGGUGCAUCAGUUGAAGUAGAAUGCAAAGAUGGAAACAAAAUUUCAAAACCAACAAGAAGAUUCAAGAAACAAGUAAAAACAAACAAGCAUGGUGAAUUCAGAGUCCAACUCCCAUUCUCAGUUAGCAAACAUGUGAAAAAAAUCAAAGGAUGUGUUGUGAAAUUAAUAAGCAGCAAUGAACCAUAUUGUGCUGUAGCCUCAACAGCCACAUCUUCAUCACUUCACCUAAAAUCAAAAAAACAAGGACUUCACAUUUUCUCAGCUGGUUUUUUCUCAUUCAAACCACUUAAACAACCAAAUCUUUGUAACCAAAAACCAAAAAACAAGAAUCACCAUCUUUUUGAUUCUUUGAAAACUUCAUCAUAUAUUCCUAAUUACAUUGAUCCAUCAUUUCAACCACCACUUCAAGAUCCAAUCACACCACCUAGUCUUGGUGAUGUUCUUCCUUUGCUUCCACCACUUCUUCCACUAUUACCAAAACUACCCCCAUUGCAAAUACCAAUACUGACACCACCAAUCCCUAGAGAAAAAAUCAAUGAUCAAUAUUCCACAUUAUCACAAUCAACUAAAAAUCCAAAAAAAGUUGAAAAAGUGGAUAACAUUGAAACAUUUAAUAUUCCUCCUAAUCCAUUGUUUCCACCACCAUUAGUACCUAAUAAUCCAUUAUUACAACCACCAAGUUCACCACUUAUUCCUCCUAACCCAUUUCAACCACCAACACCACCACCAUCAUUUUUUCCUCCUAAUCCAUUACAGCCUCCUCCAUCAAGAUCUUCUUCACCAUUGUUUCCUUUUCCAUCUGUACCAGGUUUUGGUCCUUCUCCUUCACCACCUUCACCACCACCAAGUUUGUCUUUUCCUUUUCCUCCAAUAUUCCCUCCACCUGGUACAACUCCUCCUUCUUCAAAGAAGGCUUCUCCUUAACAAAAUUAACCGAAGACAACCUCUUAAACAAAUCUCAAUUGUCUCGAAGAUUAGUCUUUGCAGUUGUGAGCAACAUAGUUAAUGUAUUUACUAUCUACGCAUUAUUCUCUAAUAACUCCUUCCUUGUGAUGUACUUUACUUUUUUAUUAUCUUUUCUUCAUGGAUAUUAUAAUAUGGUAUGAUGUUUAGUAACUAAUUAUUUAUAUUUA